GGGAGUUUUGCAGCAAGACGACAGUCUAAAUCUUCUAAAGAUAAUAUGUAGCCAAUAAAAUGCUUUUUUGCAACACAAGGUAUGUUGCUGGAAAGCACCGAGCGGCCAAAACGGAGUGCGCAUGCGCGAAAUAAAUUACUAAAAUUCAAUCAAAACACUGGAUAAAUUUUUGUGACCAUCAAGUGGGCCCGGAUAAUGUUGACAUUAUCAGCUGUUUGACUGCAUCGAAAAUAAUUACAUGAAUUAUUUAAUCCAUCCAGUUAUUAUUUUAUUAUUAAAAAUACUGACAAGAUAUCAUUAAAGACCCAUGGUCUUAUAGAAUUUAGUACAUUACUCGAAAAAAGUUUGCCACGCGCUACUGUAGUCACACUAAAUCCCAUAAGACCACCGGUCUUUAACAAUAUCUCGUCGGUGAUAAUACUGACAGCAGAUUACAAAAGUUGUCAUCUCAUAUGAUCUGGCAAACGCAGCUGAAAUUUUGACAUAUGAUUAGCUGACAUAAAUUUGCAGGAUGUCUUUGUUAAUUCGAAGAUGCGGAUUCAAUAAUUACUGGCGAUACAUGAAACUCAUAAAUCCCGUAAAGAUUCGCGAAUUACAUAUCUCGUCGUUAAUUAACCCAAGAUCUGUGAGAAACUUAUGCAAUCUGCACGUGAGUCCAAAUAUUUUGGACGAUAGAAUUAGAAGAUGCUUAGAUUAUGUCGCAAAUCAAUAUAAGAAUAAAUCUUUGAAGAAUAAUAAUUUCUUUGAAUUUAUCGAUUUAAAUACUAUUGAUGGCUUGUUGAAUGAAAGAAUACAACUCGUAGAAAAUAUUCAGAAUUUACAGGAUCUAGCAAAACAGGAUGUAGAAAUGAAAAAGUUGGCUGAAGAAGAAGAAGCAUUGUACAAGGAACAAUUAAAUAAACUUGAUAAGAGAUUGUUAGACAAUAUAUUGAUCAAUAUAUGUAAGGAAUCUUAUGAUAAUAUUAUCGUGGAGAUAACAGCAGGUGUUGGUGGUCAGGAAGCAAUGUUAUUCGUAAAGGAUCUUUACGAUAUGUACAUGAGUUAUGCAAAAUAUUUAGGUUUAACUUGUGAAGUGAUAGAUAUGGCGACAAAUGAUAACAAUGGGAUUAGACACAUCAGUGUUAUGAUGUCUGGCGAUGAAACUUACAAAUUGCAAUACGAAGGCGGAGUACACCGAGUACAACGGAUACCAGCUACAGAAAACUCAGGCAGAGUACAUACUAGUACUGCUUCGGUAGCGAUCUUACCAGCGCCGUCAAAAGUACAAAUUGCAAUUGAUGAAAAGGAUCUGAAGAUUGAAACAAAAAGAGCAUCUGGUGCGGGCGGUCAGCACGUGAACACUACUGAUUCCGCGGUAAGAAUAAUCCACUUGCCAAGUGGGCUGAGCGUGUCCUGUCAAGUGCACAGAUCACAAAUCAAAAACAAGGAGAUGGCUAUGACUAAGCUGAGGUGUAUCCUGUAUGAGCAACAAUUAAACAAACAGACGACAUUUUUAAGCGAGCUACGGCAAAAACAAAUGGGAAUGAGAUUCAGAAACGAGAAAGUCAGAACAUAUAACUACAAUCAGGAUCGUGUGACUGAUCAUAGGCUACAGAAUGGAACUCUCUACAAUUUAUCAGAAUUUAUGCAAGGUGGAGUGGCCCUAGAGAAACUGGAGGAAAGAUUGCACAAGGAUAUGCAGAUGAAAACUUUGUUGGAAGUGAUUAAUAAAUUAGAAACACAAUUAAAAUAA